AUGAGCCUCGACGAAGAUCUCAUGUUCUACGGUGAAAGACGACGACUUGCCUCUUACGAACCAAAACCGAUGAAGCAAGAACCUCCAGAACCACAAACUCAAGAAUGCCCGUCGGAAUAUUUUCAAGACGCGCAGCUACCUGAUGACUCUAUGAAUAUAGAUGAAAUCGGCAAGAUGUUCGACAUUGAUGUUAACGACGAUUCUCAGAAAAAUUAUGAGGAGCCAGAAGACGAAUACAUAUGCCCAGAUGAUCACUACGGAUGCUGCGAAAAACACAUCAUCGAGUUCGAGAUAGACCACUAA